AUGCCAGACUUCAAGCUUUCGGCCCAGCUGAAGGGCCACGAGGCGGAUGUCCGCGCUGUCUCCUUCCCAGCAGCAGGAACCGUUCUUUCGACCUCUCGCGAUCAGACCGUCCGUCUCUGGCGUAAGACCGCUGAAAGCCCCCCCACAUUCGACGAGACGAUCACAAGCCAAGGGCACGGAUACAUCAACUCGGUUACGUCUAUCCGGUCCUCGACCGAGUGGCCCGACGGGCUCGUCGUCUCGGCUGGUCAAGAAGCCAUCAUCGAAGCGAAGCGUCCGACCUUGACCACCACCGACAACGCCGACCGCCUCCUCGUUGGCCACGGCCACAAUGUGUGCACGCUCGACGUAUCUCCUCGAGGGUCAUACUUGGUGUCGGGUGGCUGGGACGGGAAGGCGCUGGUCUGGGAGACUGGAAAGUGGCAGAUCUCGGCCCAACUCGCACAUCACGGCGAAGUCAAGAGUGUAUGGGCGGUCUUGGCGUACGACGAGCACACGGUGAUCACCGGCAGCGCCGAUAACAACAUCCGAAUCUUCGAUCUCCGCCAGGUCGACGGCAAUGGCGAGGUAGGCCCGCGGCGCACGCUCAGCACCAGCUCUGUGGUGCGGGCGUUGUGUAAACUGCCAACCGGCAUCAAGGGACACCCCAGUGGGGCUGAGUUUGCCAGUGCGGGCAACGACGGGAUUAUCCAGCUGUGGAAGUUGAACGGCUCUCAGGUCGGCGCGCUGCAAGGACACGACAGCUUCAUCUACUCUCUCGGGUGCCUGCCAACCGGCGAGAUCGUGAGUUCCGGCGAGGACCGGACUGUUCGGAUCUGGAGGGGUUCGGAAUGCAUCCAGACCAUCACACACCCCGCCAUCUCCGUGUGGGCGGUGGCUGUGUGCCAGGAGAACGGGGACAUCGUUUCUGGUGCGAGCGACAACGUGGUCCGCGUCUUCACCCGCAACGCAGACCGGACCGCGCCUGCGGAGGUGUUGUCGCAAUUCGAGGAGUCAGUGCGGGCAUCCGCCAUCCCGCAGCAGCAGCUGGGUCCUUCUAUCAACAAGGAGCAGCUGAACCCCAAGUCGUGGCUAGUCGGCAACGCGGGGAAGAAGGACGGUCAAGUGGUAACGGUUCUCGAAGACGACGGGACCAUUGGGGCCUAUCAAUGGUCAUCAGGCGAGCAACGGUGGGUUCAUGUAGGAACCGUGGUGGACUCGACUGGUAGCAGCGGGCGAAAGAAGGAGUACAAUGGGAAGGAGUACGACUAUGUAUUUGAUGUCGACAUCGAGGAAGGAAAGCCACCCCUCAAGCUGCCAUACAACCUUUCCGAGAAUCCGUACGAUGCGGCAACAAAGUUCUUGGGAACGAACGAGCUGCCGAUAUCAUACAUCGACCAGGUCGCCAAGUUCAUUGUCACGAACACACAAGGCGCAACCAUUGGGCAAAGUGCCGAGGCUCCCUCCGCCGACCCGUACGGAACCGAGUCACGGUAUCAACCAGGUCAAGCCGAACCGGCAAAGAAGUAUCUGCCGCACAAGGAGUACCUCGUUCUCUCCCAAGCGAAGUGGGAGCCGGUAGCCAAGAAGCUACGGAGCCUCAACGAGAAGCAUGUGGCCGCUGGCAACAAACACAUCGCGUUGAACCCAGACGGUCUCAACACUCUUGACACGGCGCUCAAGGCCACGAUGGGCACUCCGGUGCAAAAGACGGCACCGGCAGCACUUUCCGAUGCCCAGCGGAGCGUGAGCACGAUUGUGACACAAUGGCCGUACGGCGACCGUCUCGCGGCUCUAGACGCCUUGCGUUGUUUUGUUGCCUGGCCUGGUUCAGCAUCUUCCAACGACGCUAGGGACGGGAGCGUCGUUGAGGUCGCCCUUCGAGGCGCACUCGACAUCCAAGACCCGGUCGCGGGCGAUACAUCCCUAGCCGACCUCAUCAACUCCGUUGACGCCACCCAGCUCAAUGUCAACAACGUCAUGAUGGCCCUCCGCGUGGUAACCAACCUCUUCACGACCCCCGAAGGCCGCUUUCUCGUCGCAAGCAAUGCCGAUUCCCUCGUCGCUCUACUCGCCCGCGUCGCAGGCGUCGAAGGCGGCGAACCCAUCGGGCCAGCCAACAACAACAUCCAAAUCGCGCUCACAUCGGCCGCCUUCAACUUUGCCUGUCUCGCCUUCAACGAGAAGGACUCCGUCCCGCUCGAACUGCUGAUGCUCAUAACCCAGGUCGCCCAGGCCGUGAUCCAGAAGCAGAGUGAUGCCGAGGUUCUGUUCCGGGCGCUCAUGACGCUGGGCAUGGUGCUGGCGGGCGGGGAGGAGGCCAAGGAUUUGGCCAAGACGUUGGAGGUUGGGGGUGAGGUGGGUGAAGCGGCGAAGAAGAGUGGAGAGGAGCGGAUUAAGGUGUUGGCGAAGGAGUGUUUGGGGUAUUUGAAGAGUUGA